AUGGACAAUCCUAUAAUCUAUAUUCGUCAUAACCACAUAUUUAUAACUACAUUUGUAUUUUUAGAUCAUUUUGAUAAAGGUUUAAGAGAAGCUAAAGAAAAUAAUCUAAAUCUUGCUGAACAAUCACUCAGUCAAGCUUUAAAGAUUUUAUCCGCGUCGCCAAAUUCCUCAACAUUCAAUGGAGAGAAAGCGACAUGUUUUCAUACCAUGGCCGAGAUAUAUUUAACCCGAGCCUCUCAACAGCUGGAUGACGACGGUUUUUGUGAAAUGACGGUUAAAGGCAUCGCUCUAUUCGAAGCUGAGCGAAUCUACAAGUACGGCAGUUACAAAGAAGACAAAGAAAUCAACACGGCCAUCAUAGAAGCAGAGGUAAAGUUUGUUGAUAGAGUAUUCGGACCUAGAGGCGUUGAACGCUUUAAGGAAAUGAGCGAUAGAAGAAUACUGAAUCGCAAAGAAUUGGAAGAAGUUCGUGCAAAAGUCACUAACGAGUAUUUCCCCACGCUUGCCCAAUUUCCAGACUGGAAUACAAAAGACGAAGAAAAAAGAUGCCAUGAAAUAGAAAGUAUGUAUAAAAAAAUUUAUGAUGACAUGAAGGGCUUCCUGGUUGACAUUUUGAUUCAUUGUAGUCAAAUUGCAGGUCCAACACCUUGCAGCUUCUCCAUCAUUGGUCUAGGAUCUACAUCUAGAAAAGAAGUCACUUCCUACUCUGAUUUAGAAUUUUCAAUUCUGGUUGAUGAUAACAGCAAAACCCCUUCACCAGAACAACGGCAGUAUUUCCGAUUUCUGACUUAUUUUAUUCAAAUGCAAAUUAUCAAAUUAGGGGAAACCAUUUUGCCAAGUGUUGGCAUUUCUAGUUUAAAUGAUUUCUACAGUAAAAAUAAGGAAGAUGAUUGGUUUUACGACGAUGUCAUUCCAAAGGGAUUUUCGUUCGACGGUAUGAUGCCAUGGGCGUGCAAGACACCUCUUGGAAGAAAAGAAUGGCGUGGACAACCUCCACAAGAGUACAUCAUGACUGUUGAUGAAAUGUUGAAGCUUCAAGAUGUCAUUCCUGACUCUUCCAUCGAAAGUGUGAAGACUGCAAAUGUGUUCAGGAGCGUGUGUCACCUUUUUGGCGACGAAAAACUUACGACGACAUACGAGAACAAAUUAUCAACCAAACUCACUCAUAUUGACGGCAUGAGAAGUUUCCGAGAACAAGUAUUGCUGAUCAUGGAAAUUUUUUUGGAAACUUAUGACAAGGAUGGAAUGGCUGCACGACCCUAUGGAACACAGCAGGACGUGAAGAAAGAGGUCUAUAGAUUGACAAGUCUUCUGGUUGAACAAUUAUCAAAAUUAUUUGGAAUUUUCGGAGAAAGUUUGUGGCAAUGUGUACAUGAAAUGAGGAUGAAGAAGAUACUCACUGAAGAUGGGGCUAAAAACCUACUUGCCGCAUUGAGUAUCACAACUGAAGUUCGAUUAAAGUGUUACCAGAAACAAGGUAGGCAAAAGGAAGCAUUACCUACAGUUCCACGACUGUCAGUAACAGAGGACAAAGAUAUUCUAUGCCCCCUCUCGACAGCUAUCGUUCGUCUUUAUCAAACUCUUAUACCGUUAAAAUUGGCCGUAUUUCAAAUCGUAAAAAUUUACAAAAAUAAUGACCUGGAUGAACCAGAAACUUUGGUCGUUGCACUCCUUCAACAAGCGAAUUUCAUGGAUAUUUCGCCUACAACAACAGCCGCAGCGUACCUACGUGUCUUACAGCUUCCUAAAGUAUUCGAUUGUUUACUUUCCGCUAAAGGUGAAAUAAUGGAUAAUGCCAGAAGGGUGGGAAUACUUCGCGUGCUCGCCAUUUGUUACCAGAUGGUUGGCAAGUUUCACGAAGCCAUGGAAUGUUGCCGUGAAGUGGAAACCUUGUAUACAGGCGCACAGGAUGUUGUUGAAACAAGGGCUUUAUUAGAUGCGUUGAAGAUGAUCUUGGAAAUCUAUAUGGAUCAGGGCCUUUUCCAAGAAGCUGUGCAAAUGUAUAAAAAAAUCUUGGAUUUUCAAGAGAGGCAGAAUUUGAACGAGAGAUUCGUUAAAAAUAAAUUGGAUUUUCUUAACAUCAGCGCUGUUCUUUUCCUGAAAAUAAAGCAAUACGAUACAGCUGAAGCCAUACUUAGAAGUAUCGCCGAGAUGCUAAGGAACCUACGGAAGCAUGGUACCUGCAGUUACUUUAUGUGCUUAAACAACCUUGCUGUCCUUUUACUUCACGUGGACAAGCUUACAGAAGCAAAAACUAUGUUGAACGAUGCUUUAGAGAUUGCCAAUGAACUUUAUGGAGAAAACGCUGUUCAUUCCUAUUUUGCUCGCUGUUUGACCAACCUUGGUCAAGUUCAUUGCCGCCUCCAGAAUUUUGAAGAAGCAGAUCGUUUGCUGCAAUUGGCGCUGAUUAUUUAUUCUCAUCUCCACGACCACGAGUUGAUCGAGCCCAGUAUUAUCGACGCACUAAUUCUCAAAGCUCAAAUAUGCCAGUUUUAUGAGCAGUGGGACGAAAUGUUCAAUUCAUUGAACAAAGCGAACGAAAUUGCUAAUAUUCUGUACAAUGACUACCCACACCCAACUGUCGCGUCUAUACUUUUUUAUCUUGGCAUUUGUGAACAAGAACGCGGAAAGUUCUCGAAAGCCUUAACCCAUUACCAAGACUAUUUAAAAAUUCACGAAAUUGUAAGAAUGGAACGUCAACAAAGUGGCCACAGUUGCAACACUGCCAAUGUUCUUAUACGUAUUGCAAAAUUGGGAGAAUAUUGUUCUUAUGAUGUUUCGUAUCGUCUUUCAUGCAUCGCAAAAGCGCUAGAGAUAAAAGCAAAAUGCCACGGCAAUGAAUCUAAUCACCGGCAUUUGGCUAAAUGUUUUGAAAGUCUCUGGUAUUUCUUGAUAACGGAAAACCGUGAAUCAAAAUGGUUGGAAUAUCUAAACAAAGCCAUGCAAAUGCUCGAAGAGAUUAAUUUAGAUAGUGAUAAAUUCUAUGGGUAUGCACACCUAACAAUUGGAAAUAUUUUAGGAAAACAGUCUCCCAGUAAAGCUGAAAAGCUCUUGAGAACUGCAGAUGGUUUUUUAAAGAAGACGUUAAAGGACAGUAGUCAUGUCGCGCUACUUCAGAUCAAUUCCUCGCUGCUAAAGAUUUUCCUACAAACAAAGAGAAUCGAUGACGGCUUCGAACUUGCCAAACAACAGCGACGCCUGAUUAAUAUAUUGUUAUCUAAACCCAGUGUUCCUAACGUUGAACAGCUCUGCCAAGUUGUACAUCUUGCCGAGUUUUAUGAAGCCAGUGGACGACGAAACACUGCAAAGAACAUGUAUAUUGACCUAAUCGCUCGCCUAGAGGAACAAGACGGUACUACUGAACCAGAAAAAGAUUAUUUAAUGCUCCUUCUGUGGAAGAUCCAACAACGAGUAGUAGAAAUUUUCCAAAAUGAUGAAAUGUUCUGUGAUGCAGAAGCCAUGUUACAGCGCAUUGCCUCGUCAGUUAAAAAAACAAGUUCACAGCGACAAUUUGUAGUAAAAGUUCAUCAUUACACUCUAUGGAAUCUAGCAGCAAUUUUUACGGAAACUGGAAGACACGAACAAGCUUAUGAACUGCUUGACGGUCUUAUCAACAUGUACGAGAAAGACCCCAAAUCCAUUGAUGCCUAUACGGCUUCGUGUGCUUUUCGCAUACGUGGUGAACUCAAUCGUCGACUCCUUCGUUUCAACCUCGCAUUGCAAGACCUGAAAAAAUCUUUGAAAUUAGCCGAAACCUUUCGAGGAACGGCGACUCGUGAUGAUUUAUUGACACAAAACAGUGAAACUUAUUAUGCUAAAAUCAUGAACACUAUUGGAUUAAUUUAUGAGGAAAGCAACAACGUGGAACGUGCCCGCGAAUACUAUCUUUCCUGCAUAAAUACAGUCGCAGGAUUACCACCGACCACGGAUACAGGAACUUUUCACCAAAAUCUGGCGGACACACUGAAGAAGUUAGGACGACGCUAUAGUGCAUUACAAGAAAUCUUUGGAAAUCAGGGAAAUGCUGCAUUCAGAGGAUCCGGUAAGAGAAGAUAUUGCUACCGUGCUUUACCAUAUAGCUCUUGUCCAGUAUACUGACAAAAGACCCAACGACGCUUCUGAAACUUUGGAUAAGCUCAUACUCUUAAGAAGAGAACUUUUUAAAAAAGGUGGUUCUUUGCAAAAUUAUUGUGCCGUGCUUGUUCUAAAAGGUAAUUGCCAUAUAAACGAACCAGGCGAAGCUCAACAAGCAAAAGACGCCUACGAAGAAGCAGAGAAAGCUUUUAAAAUAAUGACGGAAGGGCAGCCAAACCUGGAUUAUGCUUGCACAUUAAGCAAUUUGGGUGAGUAGAAUAUACAUGAUUUUUAUAAAUUUGGUGAACUCCUAUAGUUAAUGUACCGAUAUCAUGCAAUACCUGAAUAUCGAUUUUAUGUAAUAUCGGAAUCAUUUAAAUAAUAAAAUAAUGCAAUGUAUCUUUUCAGACAAAAACGUAUUAACAAACAAUGGCAGGGAUUAUUUUAAGGAAAUUUAUGACUGCACAGACAGCAAAAAGGGAUAAUUAACAUUUGUACUGCCUCGUACUCAGGCGCUUUAACUAAUUAUAAUACAUGAAGUAUUCCGCAAGGCAGGCGACGCGCAAAGCCUUCUGUCGUCACUACAAUACUUCAUGUAAACUUGGCAUACGUGCAUCGCUGUUUUUUUACAAAGAGACGCCUGGGUACGAUGCAGACAUUUGCACGAGCAUUAUCAAUAGGAUUCAAACACUCAUUAAUAAUUCGUAAGCUUAUUGGCAAAUCGUGUCAACCAUAAUAUGUCACGUACAGUGGCUUUAAGCCUGAUAAAACACUCCUAAUUUGUAUUCUUUAUAUAAAGAAUUCUAAUAAGGUAGUAUCUAUUGUUGUUGUGUCCUCAUUAGAAUUGUAUUGUAGUACCGUCUAUUGAAUUUGUGGUCGUGUUUAAAGCCGUUUAUUAAAUUAAGGUUACAGGACAUCCUUUUUGGCGUUUUGCGGAAAAUCGCUACUGCGCGCUCAAUAUCAGUCCGAUUUUCAUCAAAUUUUCACCAAAUGUUCUCCAGUGCAUGCAAAAUAUGAUAAAGUUGUAAAAUUAACAAACAAUAAAAUAAUGUAAGAAUUAUUCAGGAAAAUCGUAAAUCGCGGUACCGUUACGCUUUUGAGUUGUGCUCCUGCUGGUUUUAAGUUAUAUUUAUGAAAAUAUCAUUUUUAUACAGUAAAAUAGUUCUAAAAAAUUGUGUUUCAGAAAUUUUUGUUUAUUUCGUCAUUCCGCUGAUAUGGCGAUUUCUUUGAAGACUGCAAUAUAUUUCUGAAUUGUUUGGGUGAAUUGCUCUUUAUUUUUAAAAUAUCCAAAAUUUAAAAAAAGCCGAACACAGUUUUGAAACUGACGUCUUUAGCUAUGUCCUGCGAAGAUUUGAGAAAAAUUGGUUAAAAGCCGCAGGAGCACAACUCGUUUGAAAGCAAAAUGCAGCAAAAUGUAUUUUAUUAAAUAACUCUGCGAGUUUUCAACAUUUUUUGGUCAAACUUGGUCAGAUGGUAGGACUUGUCUAAUGCUUUCAUGGAAACCAAUAAAAAAAUUUAGGCAAAAUUAACACUCAAAGGUGUUCUGUAACAUUAAUAAACUUGCAAGUCGUGUUUUAUUUCUGUAAACCACUCGCGCAGUAAUACUGACGGCGCUUUUUGCAAGACUUAGUUUGCCACUUUGGAAAUUAAAUGCCCCUUUGGAAUAUUUCCGUGGAUGUUGGUUAGCAAAUUUGGGAUAAUUCAGGGUUUAUUUUAACGCGCAGUUCUGCACAAAAUGUGCAAUUCUAAACCCAUUUGUGCAGUUCUUAAAACACAAAUGUGCAGUCACCAAAAUAACAAAAAUAGCCUUAAUUAAAAUAAAAAACAAACAAAAAUAGCUUCAUUUACUCGUUUCCCUUGUGGAUGCUCCAGAAAAUUCCAGAAAUGUUGUCAUUAAUUGAGCAUCAAAAAUAUAAACAUUUUCUGGGAGAGAACUCUAUAUCCUCCUAUUUUCCUCACAAAUUACUUACGUGCGGGGUGAUGUAAAAGAAGGUAAAAUUGGAGCGAGCGAAGCUCCCCAAAAGAGAUUAGAGUGGGUGAACCUGAUAUUCUUUGCUGCCUCAAAUGCAAAUUUAAGGUUGUUAUACAUUGAAUAUCCAUGAUUCCCAGUUACAUGUUUUGAAACAGUUUUUGUGAGUGUUGGGUAAAACAAAUCUUUUCUAAAACUUAAGAGCCUCUAGAUUCAAAUUGUUUUGGGGAACACCCCCUAGCUCCCGCACCCAAAAUCGUUUGUCCGGCCUUUCUCCAAUACUCCCAUCAAACCACACCAUUUUUCUGUCACCUAUAUGCAGGUAAAAAUAAUAUAUUUUGACCCCCCCCCCAGUCAAAACCCGUUGCCUUCGUAACAUCCCUAUAUGUGCAGUUCUAAAUUUUUCUUAAAAUAAACCCUGUAGGAUAUAUUAGUCAUGCAUGGUGAGUUCAGUCUGCAAACUUCUAAUAAGGCAAUAUAUAUAUGUUAUUUACCGGCUGCGAGGUCCGGAUGAGAAAAACUGUGCCCGAGGUCUUGAAAACGGCCCGAGGGCGAGGGACGUUUUCAAGACCGAGGGCACAGUUUUUCUCAUCUGGACCGACGCUGCCGGUAAAUAACGUGUUUAUUUUUUAUCAGAUGUAAAAAUUAAAUUCAUUAAAAUUCCAGUGUUGCUUGUGAACUAAUUUGAGAUCAGUGCAGUUGUUUAUUUUGAAAGCGAGGCCACAGAGUAGAGACAUACAGAGACGUAACUAGUGUACCCACCUUUUUUGUGCGCAUGCUCGGCAAGUUACUAGAUGCAUGCAUCUGAUUGGAUGACGAUCCGAUGACGACUCACUUUAAACUUGCUGAGCACGCGCAGUUGAUCAUUUUUCGCCCGGUCGCCUGAAAAAAAGUGGGUACAUGACAACGUAAUCUUCCGCAGUGUUUACAACGGUCAGUUACGUCUCUGUAUGUCUUAUCUACUCUGUGGCGAGGCUGACAAAAAUUGAAAAGUUGAAACUUGAAAAAUAUAAAACAAGAGUACGAAAACUCGAGAAAACUGGCAAAAAAAAACACACAAAAAGACGUGUAGUUUCAGUAACAAUUUACAUGCUUUUUUCAUGAAUAUGGUAGCAGAAAAGCUUUGGAAUAUAAAAAUUUGUAAGCCAGGCGUUUUGGCUUCGACAAUUUCAGUUGCUUCUGACAACUACAGAUUCAUGUUCAGAUCCGACUCAAAAACACAUAAAAAUGAAUCUGCUUUGAUUUAAUCAACGUUUUCCAACUAAAAGGACAAUGAAAAAGGUACGUUAUUUUUAUAUUUUCUGGUUUCACUGCUGCAGUUAAACCUUUCUUUAUGGGAAAACAUUUAUUUUACAAUAUUUGUUUAAGCUGUAAUUUUUUCGCUUCGAAGUGGCCGAUUAAUUGGCCGAAUACAUAAGCAUUUAAAAUAUAUAUAGUUUUUCGGCGUAAUUUUUGUACAUGUCAAAUAACUUUCCGUCGCAUUUCUUUCAAAAUAUUGUCAAUUUUGGUGCACAUCGUGCUUAGUAUGAAGUCUUUAGGGCUUGAUGCAAUUCAUUUUCGUAUUUUGACUAUCGCUAGGCUACGUUUUUCCAACGUUUUGGGCAGAUUUUUUCGUUUAAAAAUUUUUUCACCCCUAAUAUUUUGCCGCGAAAACCAGAGCGGGCAGUUGCAUUUCACAGCGGGCAGUUGCGUUUCAGAGCGGGCCGAAUGCAAAAAACCGGCCCGCUCUGAAAGGCUCCUCAGCCAAUCAGAUUGCUUCAUUUUGAUUGAUAAAAAAUAAAUCAUAAAAUGUUCUAACUAUUAAAUUCCUUUGUUAAUGUGAGUUGAAUUAUUUACAAAGACUUCAUUCAUAAUUAACCAAUAUCUUUUUCAUGUUGUAAUAAAUUUGAAUCCUAAAUGAGAAUAAUUUUGAUACCUAUCGACAGACCGUUCCAGAAAGUAGUAGAGCCUCGUUUUUGUUAUUGGGACGCUUGGGUUUAAAGUAAUGAAGCUUUAUAGCCAAAAUGACGCGUAAAAUAUGAUUAACAAGGGUGUAUAUAUAUUUAGCGAGGGAAGGGUAGUUGAUGAAUUAAACAGAAUUAGUGAUCAAGGGUUGUACUGUAUCUAAAUAUGUCCCUCCUAGCUAGCAAGGGAGUACAGUAUCUAGAUGGAACCCUGCCAUAUAGUAUAUAGGUGUGUGGAAUCUUCGAUAAUUAAUAGAAAAGGACUUACACCCAUGCAACAAUACAUUUUAAACUGCAGGCUACUAUAACCUUAUCGGAAACUUUUCAUUACUUUUACUAAUUUGUCGCUUAUAAUUAGCGUGCGUGCAGACUGUGCAGGCUACCGGUUAACUAGCUGCAUGGAGCAAAUCUGACGAUGCAAGGAUUAUUUUAAGGUGCAGUCAUAACAAAUUUAGGCAGUAAUAUUUUGGGAUUUGUGCAAUAAUAAAUGAGAUUUUGCGCAGUAAUAAACUUCUCUAUAAUACUGUAUUUUGAAAAUUUGUUUUUAAUUACCAAUUAUACUUGUGUAAUUUGUAGCACGAACCAAGUCACUCAGUUUCUUGCCAUGUUUUUGCGUGUUCACGUAUCAGAUAUAUUUAAUAAUUAGGGUAGACUUUUAUGGCACGAUACCUGAUAUAGUUGGGUGCACUAAGAAUAACUUAAUUAUACCUUUCUUGAUUCUUUCUGUGUAGGAAAUGCUUGUUUUAUCCUAAAUCAGUGGGAACAAGCAAUCUCGAAAUUGCAACAAGCACUUGAAAUAAAGAGAUUCAUUUAUGAAGAAAAAGCAAAACCAGAGCGAGAGGUGGCUUUAGCUUGCCGCUUCCUCGCCAGAGCGCUGUUUAAACAUCAAGAAUAUGAGAAAGCACUGCCUUACUUCCAAGAAGCGUUGGAAUAUUUUGAAGUUAACCAGUCAGCAGAUGAUGAAACGAAAUGUGUUCUUCACAUUGCUCUAUGUUACGGAGGUUUGAAAAAUCUUGUUAGUGCACUGGAAACCUUCAGAAAAGUCGAAGAAUUGUGUGUCAGAGAGUCAGUUAGCGACAGCGUACGGCUGGAUAUUCAUAAAACAUUGGCAGACACUUUCACUGAGGAAGAAUACGGAGAUAGAUCUGAGGUAUUGUAUCACCUUAAAGAAGCCGAAGCUAUCUUUAAGCAAAUAAAGGGAUCCGCAACGGAGGAAGAUGAACUUUUAGAAGUUCAGGCAAAGAUCUUGAGCCUGGAAUUUUAAUGAACCACUAUAUACUGUUAAUCGUUCCUAUAUAUUGACUAUAUUUUGGCAACGAAAUCAGCUACGAUUAUGUAGAAAUAAUUAACACGAACACAACUGUCAAUAGUCAUUUUAGGUUUUGUCUUAUCUGAAAAUAUAAUCGCUAUAAAUAGAAGAGCCAAGGCGGGUUUCAUUAAGCGCUAAAAUAUCAAUUUUUCAUCACGUAACAUGAAGGUGUUUUGGCAGGUGAUUAAGCAUACCAUUUUAAACCCCUUGUUUUUGGAAUGUUCCUUGGCCUUUUCUCGAUUCAAUCCUUAGAUUUUAAAGUGUUUGCCAUAUUAUUUUGCAGUAGAACACUGCCU